UCUCACAUUCCUUAUUCACAGCCCCUCACGUUAGAGAAUAGAGAGAAAGGGAGAAGAAGGGCACAAGAAGAAGGAGAGCAAAACGACAAUGGCAAUCAUCAAAACGUCUGUGCUUGACAUAUCCGAUCAUAGCGCAUCUGCAACGUCGACUUGGGCAUGGAGCACUCGCGCCAUACACAGAGCUCAGCUGAAUGACGUUACACCUGGUUUGACGACAAAAUGAGGGUCAUCUUCAUCCAGAACGCCGGUUUCGUCGCUGCUUUCUCCGGAGGCAAUGACGUUGAAGGUUUCGCCUGUUAGUUGUGAGUUAACGAUGUUGGCAGCAUUUUUACGGUAGAUUAUGUGAACGACCCAGAAUAAACGAAAGACUAUGAGAUAAUAAUGCCAGUAUAGGCUACUACACGGAUGACGAGAAUAGAAUAGCCUGAUGUUGAAAUAACCUAAAUAUUUUUUUCUUUCUGGAUUGCUCAAUUUUGAGCACCAUUGUUCAUACCCGAGGAGACAUACAAUCGAAAGUGGAUUCAGCUUUCGACAUGCAUUCGUCUGUCGAAUUCUGAAUACAUAUUUAGAGGACUGUAGCCCUAUAAUAUACCUUUAUAGUUAAACAUGUAUAAUAUGCAUUGCAUUAUGUAUCAGGCGCGUAAAGACAGGUGAUGUCACAUGUCUCCUUUAUAACCUUUUGCUUUUUUAUUUAAUCGUAUAAUAAUGACUCACUCUUAUAAGGCGACAAAUGGAUGACUAGAUAUGGAGAGAAUUCUUUGAUUAGAGAAGAAUUAACAAAGGGAGUGAUCAUUAGACAAUCGGAAUAAUUUCUAUGUUCAUUAAUAUAAUAUUUACGCAUUAUUCACUGUAAUUUAUUUUAUUUAUUACGACUAUUAUUAGGCCUAUAAUAAGUAUAACUAUAGUAUAAAUAUUUGUAACAAAUAGCUUAGUUUAAGAUAUUUAACUGUGGGAAGUUAGUUUGAAUACUUCCCUAGAGAUGGAAACAGCUUGUCUCUCGGCCCACCGAGGGCUGACCCGUCCUGAGGCCAAACAAACCCUCACCUCAGCGGCGAAACUAUCUAGGGGUGACCUGUCCCCUCCAUCGCUACCUGCCGGUCAUUCAAUGGCAGAGACACCGGCAGCUAGCGAUGGCAGCAGGAGAAAUUCAGGCUUCAAGAAACACCACCACAAGCAUAACCUGAAACACCGCUACGAAUUGCUCGAGACUCUCGGAAGAGGGACCUAUGGCAAAGUCAAGAAGGCAAUUGAACGACACUCCGGCAGAGAGGUGGCUAUCAAGUCCAUCCGGAAGGAGAAGAUCAAGGAUGAGCAGGACAUGGUUCACAUCCGCAGGGAGAUAGAGAUCAUGUCGUCCCUAAAACACCCCCACAUCAUCUCUAUUUAUGAAGUGUUUGAGAACAAGGACAAGAUCGUGAUUGUGAUGGAGUACGCCAGUAAGGGUGAGCUGUACGACUAUAUCAGUGAGCGCCGGCGCCUGAGCGAGAGAGAGACACGACACUUCUUUAGACAGAUAGUCUCUGCCGUGCACCACUGUCACAAGAAUGGGGUGGUGCACAGGGAUCUGAAACUGGAAAAUGUGCUACUGGAUGAAAACUGUAACAUUAAGAUUGCUGACUUUGGGCUGUCCAACCUCUACCAUAAGGAAAAACUGCUGCAGACGUUUUGUGGUAGCCCUCUCUACGCAUCACCGGAGAUAGUCAACGGAAGACCCUACCACGGCCCAGAGGUGGACAGCUGGGCUCUGGGGGUGCUGCUGUACACCCUGGUCUAUGGGACCAUGCCGUUCGAUGGAGGAGACCACAAGAACCUCAUCCGCCAGAUAAGCAAUGGAGAUUACAGAGAGCCCACCCAGUCCUCAGAUGCCCGCGGUCUGAUCCGCUGGAUGUUGAUGGUGAACCCAGAGCGGCGGGCCACGGUGGAAGACAUCGCCAACCACUGGUGGGUCAACUGGGGCUGUAAGAGCAGCGUGUGCGACUGUGAGACACAACGGGACAACGGCACCUCCUCUCCCAUGCUGGCCCGCUUCAUCGACUGGCAGAACCGCACCGAGCCCCGGCCGGGAAAACCCACCACCCUGCUGCCCCUGGUCCUCCGCCAGCGUCCCAAGAAGUCCAAGAAGGAGAAUGAAGUGGGGGAUGGGCCCCACGGUGGAGUGGAGGGGGACAAGCCAGGGCUGAAGAGGCCCAAGGGGAUUCUCAAGACCAGGGUGACGGAGGAGCAGCGCUCGCCCAGCCUGGAGGAGGUGGAGCUGGGGAGUGGUGGAGCGAUGAUGGGGCUCAGGCCAGCCGAGGGAGAAGCAGGCUGCUCUAGCCCCGACAGAGAGGAGGAAGAGGAGGAGCCUGCCCUGGCAGGGGGCUCGCCAGCUAAGAUGGUGCCCACCCUCCCCAAGAAGGGCAUCCUGAAGAACAACCAACAACGGGAAUCAGGGUACUACUCCUCCCCGGAGCGCAGCGAGUCCUCCGAGCUGCUAGGGGGCGCCACCAUGUCCCUGGUCACCGCCUGCAACUCCCCUCCUAGGAGAGUGGUGGGGAGGAAGGGCAUCUUGAAGCGCAAUGGGAAGUAUUCCACCUACAGCGGCCCUCCCUCAGCUGGUGCUCUCGGGGAGCCCUCCUCGGGGGGUGACUCAGGCCUGUCCCGUAGCCAGAGCCGUCCGUCCAGCAUGGUGUUGGAGGACGACGUCCUGUCCCCCAGUUUGUCCCCCGACUGGCCCCCCAUCGCCCCACACCGCCCCAACAUCAGGGCCUGCGUGUCAGCCGAGAACCUGCUGCAGCUGGCCAGCUUCAAGGGCUUCCAGGCGGCCCCUCCGCUCCAUGGGUCAAAGUUCAGCCGGACCCCCAGAGCGCUGGGGUCCCCAGGGGACAACGGCAGCUUCUCCCUGCUGGGGGACCUGGACGACAUGACUCAGGUGUACCAGCAAGCCCUGGACAUCAGCAGCAACCUCACCUAGCCGAGGAGGGCCCGGGGGGGAAGAGAGGAGGCAGCCAGGUGGCCAAGCUGAUGCUAUAACAUCUGUCUCUGUUGGUGUGUAUGCGUGUGUGUUCAUGUAUGUGCAUGUCAUUGACGACAAUUGACCAGUGUGUUGCUGGGAUAGCCUACCUACACUUUUUGGGAGGUUAUAGUUUUCUUACCGGGAAUUUUAUCCUUGUUGGAAACUAUAUUAUACAUACACUGUUAUGCACUUCUCAGUCAAAGGAAAUUCAGUUAGCAGGGUUUUCAAACGAUGUAGAGAGAAAAACAACUGGCACGAGAGAAUGCCACCCAGCCUGCCUCCUCCAUCCGCCCAUAGACUUUGCUGUGUUCAAAUGUUUACAUAUUCAGCAAAAGGCAAGUUAGAAUCACAAAUGCAGAAAUCAGAAACUGGUUGGCUCUUGAAGCGAGCCAUGAAUUGAGUUGGAGUUUAAAAAUGCACCUUAAAACUCACACAGAGCAGGUUUUUGUGAUCUUUUACUUCCUGUAAAAAACAAACCAGGGUCUUGCGCCAAAAUAACUGACAAUGUUAAUUAUUUAUUCAUAUUUGCGUAGAUUUUAGUUGAAUAGAAAACUGGUGGGUUCUGGCAGUACUGGAAGAGUCCAAAGCUCAAUGUCUCCAACCCUUUGUGUGGAACUGACAUAUGUAAUUAUUAUGUUACCCAUUAAAAUGAAACAUGUAUACAUGAUAUAUUAAUAUGGCUGCAUAUGUAAAACAUGCAGCUAUGUAUAUCACCAUAAAAGCGCAUGUCCUAUAUAUGAGCAUAUGAUAUUAGGGAAUAUGUAGGAAGUGCCUUUUAGAUCCAUAUAAAAUUAUGUAUGUCAUUUCCUGAAAGUGGAGAGAGAUGGAUGCCAGGCCAACCUGUCACCAGUUGUACUGUUUUGAUUCGUAUACAUGUGAACGUGGUGAGAGAGACCCAGGACCUUAAUGGAACACACAGCAGCCUAUAGCCUUACACAGUCACAGGUCAGGGGUCACACAGACCUAAAACGGCAGUUGAGAUGAAACAGUCCCAUCUCCAUUCCCCAAAAAACGCAGUCAGGAACAAGAACCAAGCCCAGAGAGAUGACAGAGUCUUAAACAAUCCUUUUCGUGCAGUACUUUCUAGUUUUUUUGUUCCCCCAUAGAUGUGUCAGCAGUUUGGUGAUUUGGUUUAAACACACGGCCUGGCCAGGUGAGCUGGAGGGGUCUGGAGCUGCUCACCUUAGUGAAGGUAGAUGGCUCAGAUGCCCUCUCAUAGCCCUGGAAUGUCCUUGGCAAAUAAACAGCCAUGUCUGUGGUUGUUUUGUCUGUCUGUCUGUAGUGCUGGAGUUGCCUCUGGUUUGAGGACUUCUCUCUCAAUUGGCAUAACUUGGCUACAGAGUCAUACCAGCUGGAAAUGACAAAGAAACCCUACACUCUUAGAAAAAAGGUUUCAGCUGUCUCCAUAGGAUAACCGUUUUGGCUCCAGGUAGAACCCUUUUGA